AUGAAACUCUUCAGCGGUGGGCUUCUUGCUUUUUUCUCCUCCAAUCUAGACACAGCCGCAAGAUGGGUCGGCAUCCCUACCGUUACAUUUGAAGGCUCAGCUUCGAAAUACUCGUUCUCUCUCAAGAAAUUGCAGUCCGUCGUUUUUGACAAGAAUAAUAAGAACGCCGUCAAUACCAAAGGGGAUAACCUAUUACCACCUACUCCCAGGAGUUUCUCUAACAGCUUCAGGGCCAACUUACUCUCGUCUUUGGAUUUAGCAGUCCCAGUGUUGACAGGCACUUCUGCUGCGAGGGAUUCUACAUUUUUGAGCAUUGGCAAUCUGGGCGAAUACCUGAACGCUGCAGGCUCAACAAUUUUAGAGGGAUACGAAGUACUCCAUCAAAGUGACCGGCAACGGGAUUGUGAUCACGGGGCCAAGUCCGCUUGGUGCUUGGUGGGGGACAAUCUCGAUUCUACAAAGAGGUGUCUUGAGCCCGAGUUGAGAAGCGGUAGUGCAGUCGAUACGCCAGGCUUUGGGGGUACGAGGAUUAGUGGUGGGAUUUUCCGUGGCCAUGAAGUGCUGGACGCGGCAAAGCAUCACUACCCGCCUGAUUUCAUCCUCGAGAUGUGCUCCUAUGUAUCUUUCUUCAAACAGAAAAAGCUCCAUCUCCAUCUCAGUGACAGCCCCACCGUCAAUCCAGAGCUCACAAAGAAAGAAAAGCUCGAUUUCUACUCGGCAUUUCAUCUCGAUUUCCCAGACCCAGCAGUCACAGGACUCAACAAACGCGUCAAUGAAUCAUAUGACCAAGCCGACUUAGAGCGCAGGCAGCAGACCUGA